AUGGAUUUAGGCGAAAUUCCUGAUAUAAACUAUCUAAAUGUUUCUUAUAUGAGAAUGUUUAAUGAUGUGGAAUCUAUUCUUAAACCGAUUCGUUCAAGAUGUCGAACUAGUGAAUACUUAAAUAUGCGAUUUAUUUCCAGCGGUGGAUAUGGUAGUGUUUAUGUCGGUCGUCACCAAGAAACAGGAAAAAUGGUUGCUAUUAAAGAAAUAGAACUCCCUUUCGGCGAAGAGAAACUCCCAAUGCGAAUUUCAGCUUACCGCGACAUUCAAUGCUUAAACACGCUAAGUCAUGAUAAUAUUGUGAAAUUACACGGCCUAGACUGCAGACUUGGUCUCCGAAAUGAUGAAUGCAUAUACGUGCUUCGUAUUGCUAUGGAUUUGUGCGACAUUGAUCUCCGUCACCUACUUAUAUCAGAUAUUGAUCUUACGGACUACCUAAGGCAGGAUAUGUCCAAACAAAUUUUAAAUGGACUCUGCUACUUACAUAAUGAAAAUAUAGUACACCGAGAUCUCAAACCCGCAAACAUACUGAUAAAACUGCCGAAUCGGUUGAAAAUAUGUGACUUCGGAUUAGCCAGAUUUGUAGAUCCUCUAAUUUUAGAAGAUUGGAGAUAUCAUACUCCCGGUAUGGGUACGAGGAAUUAUUCUUCCCCAGAAAUUCUUUUGUAUUCUCGUAGUUACGGAAAACCCGUUGAUUUGUGGUCUCUCGGGUGUUUACUGAUGGAAUUGUGGCUUCGAAGUUACUUCAUUUCCCCAUUCAAAUUAUGUUGCGACAGUGAAGUUACGGCAAUACUCAGGGAAAUCACAGAUAUCUUCGGUCCAAUCAACGAUGAGACCUUUCCGGGAAUCGAAAGCCUGUUUACGUAUGGAACUUAUCGACAAAAAAUAAACGAAUCCGGGAAGCGUAUUUUCAAGGAGUUAUAUGAAUCGAAAGUAUCCCCUCCAGAGGCCUUUGAUUUGAUCGAUCGUCUCUUGGUUUAUGAUCCGUCCAAACGACUCACAGCCAUGGAGGCUUUGGAGCACGCAUAUUUUAAACGCACGAUACCACCGGCUGCUGCAAUUGAAACUAAAAAACCAAAAAAGUUUUGGUGCAUGUAA